ACGAAGCGUCUGUUUUUUUCCACCCCACGGCGUAUGUAGUUGAACACUUUUAUCACGUGGCCUUGCUCUUUUCCCUGCCGUUAACUUCUCAAACGUGUUUUUUUUUAGGGAAACAUUGUAGCGCUGCCAGAAAGCGCGAGCACGCAUUGCUUGAAGUUGAUGUGUGUUUGUGCGUCACUGAAUUUCAUUCUUACAGCCAUUUCAUCUCUGAAUGGGAUGCCAUCUGUCUGCUCAGGAACGGCGCAAAAAGAGUUUCCAAAUAAGAAAAUGCUGACUAAAAUAUGUGCAUCAUUGAACAGUUUGCUGACAUUAAACUACCCCCCCCCCCAUACAUUUCUUCCUGUAUCAUAAAUCAAAAUUCCACGUGUACAUAUGCACUGUUUAAGGAAACAACCUUUCUCAUCCGCUGUUAUGUAACGUCGGCAUUAUAUACAGUAGCCUAGCUUUUUGUACGGUUAUAUCUUUAAAAGUCCACGAGUGGGCUGUGACCUUCUCAACAUCCUUCUCUUUAAAGGUAUUGUGUCACGGUGCCUCUUAUCGCGCCCAUGUCAGUAAGGCACUUAAGUGAUUAAUUAAUUACGUGGGCUGUGCGUAAUUAAUUACCAUUUGAUCACCAUAACUAUUAUCUCUGGUCACGGUAGGGCGAUAGAGGGUCUAUGUGAGGGCAACCGGGAUUUUAUAGUGGUAUAUUCUGCCCCAAUAAAACUAUUUUCAGUAAAAUGUCACGUAGUAUUCGGCUUUGAGGUUUAUAUAUAGAAUUGACGCGUGUAUAUGCCUAUUUAUAUAUACGUCUAUGUGUGUGAGAGAGGGAUUUUGUGGCAGUUUAUAUAGGCUAUUGCAGUGUACUCAAAUACUGAACACGUCCGAUGGUGUAAUUCAUUCAUUCGUUUCUCCAAUUUAAUUUCCAAGCGUAUUCGCUUGUAAAAUGCUUCUAAAUACACAGUUGCACACAGAGAACGUAGGCUACUGUUCGUGUAUAGAUGCAGAAUAUUAAAGUAGUUGCUCGAAUGUUUUAUUAGUCACUUUAAUUGUUUCCUGUUGUUUGUGUCAUAAACGUGCGAGGGUUAUAAAAAAAAUUAAAAAACGAAUAGGAGAAUGUCCAGUGGUUUUUUACUCCCAGACCUUGGCUGCCACAAGAGAGGGUGUGGAGAGGAGCAGAAAUCAAUUACAAUUAUUCUUCGUUGACAUAGUAAUUAAGACUGGAGAGGCUAGUUAAUGUAGGGCGGAAAGGCUUAUCUGUGCCUCGCGCAGAUUUAUUGCCGACGCCGUUAUUGUUCAUUUCAAACGAUUAUCAGAGGGUUGCAUUAGGUCUAUACGGGGAGCCUUGAGCAGUUUUCAAGGCAAAGCCAACCCUUAACGAAUGAACGGUUCCGUAGCGAACACAAAAAACGCAUAUACUAUAUUUAGAUUAGGCCUACACAGCACAAAAACGGCUAUACAGUUCACGGAAACGUACACUACGUUUCUGAGAAACAAAAAUGUGUGCUAUCCCAAUAAAGUUUUAGCGUAGGCUACCUAUAGCAUUUUGGCGAUGGCGAUGUUCUGCUUUGGUUUAUAGCCAAGUGUCUACCGCUAAAUAUAGAAAGUGACGCCUUUGUGGUUUGCGCAGCCUAUACGUUAUACGUGAAAUCUUCUAUUUCUAUUCACGUUUUAAGUCUAAGUCUUCGAACUUGUUUCUUUUUUCCUUUUUGUCAAGUUUUGAUCAAUUCGUGCCUCAACAACGCACUGAGCUAUGUUCAUACAACGCCUGUGUGCGUGAGUUCAGUUUAAAUACUAAUACAUGUUUAUAUUGCUAAAUACUGAAGCUGAACACUUUAAUUAAUAACGAAUACAAGUGAAAUUAGUAUAAUUAACCGAUAUAAACGUGAUAUAGGCUACGGCACGUUUACAAAUAUAGUUAAAAUAAAUAAAAAUGUAAUUGUAAAGCGAAAAAUGCUGACUUGAGUAUUUUACUUUCAGCGUUCAAGGACCGCAAUAAACAGAUUAAACUGAACGGUCGUUUGGAAAGUGUAUUUUUUAGCCAAGGCUUAGAGCUCAUUUAAUUCAAAUGACAGUUACCGGUUUUUUUUAAGUGUCUUUAUAAGUGGAUAUAUACAACAUGGCUCCGACAAGGGAAACGGCAAUAUUUGGUCUAACACACAGCUGUGAGAUAUAUGGAACUUUUUGCCCGUUUAAGUCCAUUGAGCAGUAAGAAUGUACAGCCUGUACCGUAGCCUACUUGCAAAAUAUUUCCAAUGAACGGCGAGGACUUUCGUCCGUUCCCAGGAGACCGGUUUAUUAAUCAGCUGCAAAUGAGUCAGUCCGAACACGCACGCUCCUGGACGAUGAGUGACAGCUAGCCGGCGCUUGCGCUUGUUGUCCCUUUAAAAAUCUGAAUCCGAGGCUAAUGAUUUAUCAAACUCUUAUUAUCAAGAAAAUGUCAGGCGAAGGGCACCUCGCUGUGCACUGACGCAAACCAAAUCUUUUCCACGGAGCUAUAGAAAGCUUUGCACUUGCCACUGCUAAAUUCAGUCUAUAUUGUCUUUACUGCUGUUUUCUUCCGUGGACCUAUCUGUUGCUGCUGCGGACAUGGUGAGUAUAUUUCCCAAUUACAUUUUUUUUUGUUGCAAGUAUUGGUCGCUUGAUAGUUGCUGUUAUUGUACGUUCUGUUUGAUGUUCUAGUGCAUUUAUGUAUACUUAAAGUGCAUUUCACCGUCUGUUUUCCCCUGCUCUAAGCUCUGUCCAUGGUGCUGAAUGCUGUUACUGGUUAGCUUUUUUUAUUUUUUAACUCGCAAGCGAGCCAACAUCCUCCCUCAGGGAAACUUUCUCCAACUAUGCCACGUACAAACUCCAUGGUACAAUCAUUCAAAUUUAACUUUACGUAGUAAUAGUUUUUUCGUAGAUAUCUCUAAGCUGUAGCCUGUUCUUUUCAAUUCCGGGUCAAGCUAAAUGCCAGAAAAGUGCCAUUUUUAAAAUAAUGUUUAUAGCCUUUUUUAUAUUUUUAUUUUUUUUAUUUAACGAAUUAUUACAUGUUUUCAUAGAUACAGCCUGGACAACAAAUCAUGAUUUUUGCGAAAAGAGAGAUUUGCCCAAGCAGCCCGUCAAUAGCCCUGCCAGAUUUGAUUCCUUACCCCAACCCGAAGGAGCUGGUGGACUUACAACAAACAAAUUAGGCAAUGUCCAAAACCUACCUCCCGACUCGCAGUCUGCGUAUCAGUCGCAGGCGACAGACGAGAGGAAAACUUUUUGUCCGGCAGAAAGCAAGCAGAGGGAGGCCGACGGCGAAAAGGCGUAUGGGACGUUUAAAAACGCGGCUCCUGUGCCAGUUCCGGCUAACUCUGCCCUUCGAAAGGAUUCCGGCGGACCCGCGCCACCCAAAACGGAUGGUUCUACAGCUGUUCAUGGCGCGCUGAUGUCCUCGCAUGUCACGGGCGCAUUGCCCAAUCAAAGCGCUGUCAAAGGCACAGUGGAGCAAAACAAUGCCACGAGCAACUGGGCUUCCAUGAGUCAGACCACCGUUUUACUCGGGACAGAUGGUAACACUUCUGUUAUGUCUGGCGCCACUGCCGGGGAUGACGACGAUGACGACGGAGGGGAUGAAAACAAAGCAAGAGGAAACUGGUCAAAUAAACUGGAUUUCAUUCUCUCAAUGGUUGGCUACGCGGUCGGUUUGGGUAAUGUGUGGAGAUUUCCAUAUUUAGCCUUCCAAAAUGGAGGAGGUGCUUUUUUGAUACCGUACCUGGUAAUGCUGUGCCUCGCCGGGAUCCCAAUAUUUUUAUUGGAGGUUUCUUUGGGUCAGUUCGCCAGCCAGGGACCUGUAUCUGUUUGGAAAGCGAUUCCAUCCCUUCAAGGUUGCGGGAUUGCCAUGUUGAUUAUAUCUGUCUUAAUAGCCAUAUACUAUAAUAUUAUUAUGUGCUGGACAUUGUACUACCUGUUCGCUUCGUUGAAGGGCUCACUCCCAUGGGCUAACUGUAGGAAUUCAUGGAACACACCGGACUGCAAAGACAAAGACAUGCUUUUAUUAGAUGCCUGCCUACUGCGGGAGAGGAACAGCACCUCUAUAAGGAACACUACCUUCUGUCUGUCGGCCAAUGCCCUUGGCAAUCUAAGCAAACUCACAAACUUCACAUCAGAGAAUAAGACCUAUGUCAGCCCAAGCGAAGAGUAUUUCAAGUACAAUGUGCUGCACAUUUCUAAAGGGAUUGAAUACCCAGGGGACAUCCGCUGGCCCCUGGCACUGUGUUUAUUCCUGGCGUGGGUCAUUGUGUAUGCAUCUCUGGCUAAAGGAAUCAAGUCAUCUGGGAAAGUGGUGUAUUUCACGGCUACCUUCCCCUACGUGGUGCUGGUCAUUCUGCUGAUCAGGGGAGUCACUCUACCCGGCGCCGGUUCUGGCAUCCUCUAUUUCAUAACACCCAAGUGGGAAAAACUCAAUGAUGCGAAGGUGUGGAAGGAUGCUGCCACUCAAAUUUUCUUCUCCCUGUCUGCAGCCUGGGGUGGACUCAUCACUCUGUCUUCCUACAACAAGUUCCACAAUAACUGCUACAGGGACACCAUCAUAGUGACGUGUACGAACAGUGCCACCAGCGUCUUCGCCGGCUUUGUCAUCUUCUCCGUGAUCGGCUUCAUGGCUCACGAGCUGAAGGUGCCCAUCGAGAAGGUGGCCGACGAAGGCCCAGGCAUUGCCUUUGUGGUGUACCCCGAGGCCCUGACCAGACUUCCCCUCUCCCCCUUCUGGGCCAUCAUCUUCUUCCUCAUGCUACUGACACUGGGGCUGGAUACCAUGUUCGCCACCAUCGAAACCAUCGUGACUUCCGUGUCUGAUGAGUUCCCCAAGUACCUGCGCAAACACAAGCCCAUAUUCACGCUCGUAUGCUGCCUCUGCUUCUUCAUCCUCGGAUUCCCCAUGAUCACAGAGAGUGGGAUGUACAUGCUACAGCUGGUGGACACCUUCGCAGCCUCAUACUCCCUCGUCAUCAUAGCCAUUUUUGAACUGGUGGGAGUCUCGUAUAUAUACGGCUUGCAGAGGUUCUGCGAAGACAUCGAAAUGAUGAUCGGGUUCCAGCCGAACAGGUUCUGGCGGAUCUGCUGGGCCUUCGUGACGCCGACGAUUCUCACGUUCAUCCUGGGCUUGAGUCUGUACCAGUGGAAGGUGAUGACCUACGAGGACUACACCUAUCCCACCUGGUCCAUGGUCAUGGGCUGGCUGAUGGUCAUCUGCUCGGUCAUCUGGAUCCCCAUCAUGUUCGUCAUCAAGAUGUACCUGGCCCCCGGUUCCUUCGUCGAGCGGCUGAAGCUGGUGUGCUCCCCCCAGCCCGACUGGGGCCCCUUCCUGAUGAAGCACCGCGGUGAACGCUACCGGAACAUGAUCGACCCCCUGGGGACAAACUCGCUGGGGCUCAAGCUCCCGCCCAAGGACUUCGAGCUGGGAUCCCAUUACCAGUAGUUGCGGUCCCUCCCCC